AUUUCGCGAAAGCUUAAUCCGUCUAGAUGUCCAUUUAUUAUUUUACUUUCUGGCAGUUUAUUUAUGAGAUGUAAACUAUGUAGUGCUACAUGGAAUUACUUACAGUAAUAUUUUUCACUGACAUAAAUUCUGAGACGGUAAAAAUUAUUUGACAUUUGGCGGGAUGACACGUCAAGAAAAAUAAACAAAAAAAUAAAAUAAAUAAAAACACGCAGGGACUGCAAAAAGAGACUUACAGACCAUGGCAGUCUGGUUAAAGGUAACACUGCUGCUUAUCUAUUUGGCUGUACUGUUUAUUCUUGCUCGUCUCCUGGAGGCAGUAGCAUGGUAUGAGCAAGGACAGAUUUCUCGACGUCUUAUUGACCCAAUGGCUUUGUCGGUACUGAAAUUAAAAGCCCUUCUUGAACAGAGAGGAGUCAGUUAUGACAAUAUGGUUGAGAAGACAGAAUUGACAGAACUUGUGGAAGCUACAGGAGCAGUAACAGAUGAAGAAGUACAGUCUACCAGUGUGAAAGGGGAUGAAGAUAUGCAGAUAACAAACUAUACAAGUGAUAUUGACUUCUAUGAACAGGUUGAAGAUGCUAAGGACAGUAUGUGGCUGGUAGAGAUAAUGACAGACAAUGGCAGGCUCUUAUCUGACACAAGCUGGCACCUUGUUCGCAAUAAAGUCGCAAAAUUUGGAGUGAGGCUAGGAAGAUUUGACUGUCAACAACAUACAAGGCUGUGUACUAGGAAAGGCUGGUUUACAUCACGCUUAGUACUUGCACUUCCGGAGAAUUACCGUAGCAAAGCUAAUGUUGCCUUGUACACCUACCCAGGACCGGUGAGAACCAAUUCUCUAUUUGAUUGGAUAAAGACCAAAGUCAACGAGCAGAUAACUGUCAUUGAAGAUGCACAAACAUUGCAGAAAGAUUGGCUUACUUUCGAUUCGUCUUUGAACCCAGAUGUCAGGGUGGUAUUUGUUUCGACAUUAACAAGUGUCCCAUUAUUUUUAUCGGCUCUAAGUGUAAAAUUUCCUGGACGAGUUAAAAUAGGUAGCAUCAAAAUGAGUUCGGCAAAAGGAAAAUUAAUUGCUAGAAAACUUGAUAUAAAGGCUUCACCAUCGUAUGUUGUGAUAACGAGGGACAGGAAAUACAUUUAUGGCCAGAAAAGUGCAGAGGUUAUGACAUUUCGUUCUAUGGAGAUGUUUUUGAAAUCAGUAUAUCCAAGUAUAAAUGAUAUCUUUAUAGUAAGUUUCAUUUGUACAAAUAUCGCCAGCUUCUUUGAGCUUAGUUUAACUAGGGGAGGAUUUGUAAAACGACUGAUAAAAUUAGCCUUGUGUGUUUUCAAGUACAAUCUCAUUUUGUUUUUAGUUUGGAUAACUGUUUUGGCACUUCUGCAAAUUCCUUUCUUUUCAAGAGUUUCCCUGGCGAUGUUAAAAGGUUUACGAUAUUGCACAUUAACACCAAUUUUCUCGUAUGCACGUAAAGAUAUUUUGUACUAUUCAAGUCACAAAUUGGGACCUAUGGCUGUUCUGACGUCUAUGAGCUUAAUUGUUUUGUUUGUGAAGUUGAAAUAUUUUACAAGAUCAGAUGAUGUAGAAGAAGAAGAAGCUGAUUGGUGGAAUUUUUCGAACUUACGCACCUUGAACUAUCACAACGGCUGGGAAAUGAUGAGGUUACGCCCUUUCGAUCAGAUUUUUAAUCCAUCUUUUGGCGGACCGAGUAUUACUGAUGAUUUUGAAGCUUGCCAGACUGUUAAUUCUAAUGAUUACAUCAAGUUACUUCCUGUUUGGGUGUUUAGGGAUUUUGAUUGUAUCUGCGAGUGUAUGGCCAGUAAAGAUGAAUAUGUAAGGCAUGAGAUUGAACGUACAGAAAACUUUGAGCAGGAAAAAGAAGGAUCAUAUUUGCAGGAUAAUGAAAUGCGUUUCGAGGAUAAAAGAUAUAGAUGUAACUGUGGAAAAAAUAAGAGAAAUCCAGAAGCAAAUGACAAUCGGAGUUACUUCCCAUCACAGACGUCUAGUGCAGAUCUGGAAGGACCAAGUUUGGGUGGUACAUUUGACCUACCGUGGGAUGGUUUACCAAAGCUAAAAUCAAAGAUCAAAAAAGUUGAAAAUCUAAACAGGUGCCAGUCCAAACCACCAGGCUAUCUUGAAGGAACACAAUGUGUUAUUUGUCUAGAACAGUUCUCAAGUCACACACUGCUUCGAGGCUUACCAUGUCGUCAUGUGUUUCAUGAUAAAUGUAUUUUAACCUGGUUAUUGAGAGAGCAUCAUUUCUGUCCUGUCUGUAGGUGGCCGUCCUUCCAGUCAAAAGAUCAGGACUUUGUGAAUGAUUUACACAGUGAAUGAUGUAUAGAAUAAGUGCUAAGGACUAAAUUUAUACAAACAGCUUUAAAUUUCAGUUUUUCAUUUUCAUUUUUACUGUGAUCUGUUAAUGAUUUUUUCACAAUGAAAUGAGCCGUGCCAUGAGAAAACCAACAUAGUGGGUAUGCGACCAGUAUGGAUCCAGACCAGCCUGCACAUCCGCGCAGUCUGGUCAGGCUCCAUGCUGUUCGCUUUUAAAGCCUAUUGGAAUUGGAGAAACUAUUAGCGAACAGCAUGGAUCCUGACCAGACUGCGCGGAUGCGCAGGCUGGUCUGGAUCCAUGCUGGUCGCAUACCCACUAUGUUGGUUUUCCCAUGGCGUGGCUCAAAUAAUAAUGAAUUGAUAGUACUACAGCUACAUCUCCAAUAAAUCUUUGAUUCAUGUUGGGAAAUGUUGGUGAGUUGCAGAAAACAAGUGGGAUUGUUGGAAAAUGCAGAAAGACUGUUUAGGAGAAUGAACUGCAAUAGGCAAAUUUAAAAAUGUUUAUUUCAAUCAACCAAAGAAAAAAGUCCUGUUUCUUUAUGGACGAUUUUUCACUGAGUUAUUGCUCUUUGAUUAUUCAACAUUAGUAAUCACUAGAUCACCAUUAAAUUUUCUUGUCAGGAGUAUUCUUCAGCAUUGUUCAGAAAUGUAUAUACAUUUGUAGUGGAAACUUAAAAAGUCUUCUUGUCAGAGAAUACUGGCUGAAUUUCAAAAUGAUUUAAAGGUUUUUUCCCUUGCAAUUUUCAAGCAAGCUGUGAAUCUUGGGUAAACAAUCAAGGGCUUUUUGUUCAAAUAAUAGAGCUUUUGUUGUCAGCAGUGUUGCUAAAGUUUUUCAUGUUGAGCAGGUUUCUCAGAUACUACUACAUUGUCAUCGGCAAAAUAAUUUUGCAGGACAGGUUUCAUAACACUGCUUAGCAAGGUAACUUUUGACUUAUAGUUUACAAAAUUCUGCCCCUUUUUCAAUGUUUGGUAAAGCUUUUGUAUGUUAGCUAUUGUAGAAUAGUUAAGCAGACUGUCAUUUUUAGUUGUUAUUUUAUGACAUUGUACAUUUGUGAUGUUACUGUUUCUAUUCACUGUUACUGAUUUCUGCAAUAACUUAGUAUAGAAUAAAGCCAAAUGAGCCGUGCCAUGAGAAAACCAACAUAGUGGCUUUGCAACCAGCAUGGUUCCAGACCAGCCUGCGCAUCCGCGCAGUCUGGUCAGGAUCCAUGCUGUUCACUAACGGUUUCUCUAAUUGCAGAAGGCUUUAAAAGCGAACAGCAUGGAUCCUGACCAGACUGCGGGGAUGCGCAGGCUGGUCUGGAUCCAUGCUGGUCGCAAACCCACUAUGUUGGUUUUCUCAUGGCACUGCUCAAAUAUACUAUUUCUGUUAUCUGAUGCUGUUUUAUUUGCAGCCUGAAGGUGACCCUGACUGUUGUUAAGUUAUUGCAUAAAAAUUUUAACAACUGUUGGUUAAAGAGCCAGAUCGUUUAGUUAUUGUACAAAAAUCGAAGUCAUUUUGUAGAUUUAUGAGUGGGAUUGUUUAGUGCUUGCAUAAAAAAUUGAAGUGAUGUUGUUUAGAUCCCAAUUGUUUAGUAAUUGUAUGUAUAAGAAUUCAACAUGAAAAUUGAAGUGAUUUUCUUGGUUCAAGACACUGCCGUGUGUAAUAAUUGUAUAAAAACUUUAUUGUGAUUUUGUUGAUUUGACUGUUCAGUGAUUAUAUGAAAAUUGAAGAGAUUUAAUUGUGAACAGUCCCAGCUGUUUAGUUGUUGUAUAAUAUUUGAAGUGAAUUUGUUGACUUACAACCCUGACUAUUUAGUGUUGGUAUAAAAUUGAAGUGAUUUUGUUGGUUAACAAUCGUACAUUGUGUAAUAAUUUGUGAUUUUGUUGAUUAAAUACUCUUGCCAUUGCGGAGGGUCUCCUUUGCUGAGUUGUUAAGGCUGCUGACUUUAAAUCACCUGCCCCUCAUCGAUGUGGGUUCCAGCCUCACUCGGGGCAUAGAAUGUGAGGAAGUGAUACAGCUGGCUUACAGAAGAUUGAUGGUUCUACCCAUGUGCCUACCCCUGAUGAAAAAAACAAUGCCCGGAGGGGCACCUGGGGGCUUCCAUCACCAUGAAAAGCUGUAAUUCGCCAUAUGAGCUAUAGUUGUAUAGGUAUGAUGUUAAACACAACAAAAAUAAACCUCACUGUUUAGUGAUUAUGUAAAAAUGAAGUAACUUAGUCAUUUAACGACCCCAUCCGUUUAGGUAUCAUUUAUAAACUGAAGUGAAUUUGUUGACUAACAACCCAGACUAUCUAGUGAUUAUAUAAAAACUGGAGUGAUUUUGUUUUGCACAGUACAAGAAUGAUUAUAGAGAGAGAGAAAUGUGGUCUCAGAUGAUUUAAUGCCUCAUUUUCAUAGGCCUGACUAUUUGAUUAAAGUAGCUGAAAUUAUUAUUGAAUCCAUAGCUUUUUAUUACCUCCCUUUAUAACUGUGACUAUAUUAGUUCAAGUGCUACAUUGUAAUUAUGCUAAUUCUGUAUUUUGGAUUUUCUUUUCUUUACAUAAAAUUAUAAGCGUUAUGAAACCAUAUCUGUUGUAAUGGUUUUAAUUCUGUUGUAUACAUUUAGUUUUCAUCUUAUUGUAGACUUUAAAUUGUAGUGUUUGACGGUGGAGAAAUUUUGAAUUUAUAAUAGAGAAUUUGUGUACUUUUAUUGUGUAUUUUCUCAUAUCUGCUAUAUUUUAAAUUGGAAUUUUGUUCCUGUCUUGAAAAAAGUGAAAGUAUAUAAUAUAUAGUGAGGCUUUUUUUUACUACACCCAGUUUUCUAUUAUUUAUUUGAUUUCUCUUUAAAUAUAAAGUGUACUAUUUACAUUAUUUUAAAGACCUGCUAGGAUAGAUUUCAGAACGUUUAUGUUAGUUCAAAAUAUGAUUUUGAUUGUGUUUCCAUUGUAAUUUCAGUCAUUUUAGGCACAUAUAAGUGUUAAAAUUUCAGUGUUUGCCUUAUAUUUUGGUGGAAUGUUUUUAAAUUUUCAGAAUAUCAACCUAUGAAUAAAAGCAACUUAAUCCCUAUUAAUAUUUUGAUAAAUUUUGAGAAAAAAAUGUUUCUCAAUUUUUUAAAUGCCAGUAUUUUGUACAGGGAAAAUAAGCUUUGGCAUUAAAGUUAGCAUAUCAAAGAUUUCUUUUAAAUUCACAAAAAGUUCAUAUAACCACCUUUGGACAUCUUUAACCCUCAUCAUGCUGGACACUAUUGGGGUCUGCCUUUGCAACCAGUGUAGAUCAUGAUCUGCACUGUUCGCCAUUCAGUCAGUAUCUUUUUGGUAAGUACCCCUUUAACAGUUAAUGAUACUGUGCAAAUUGAAAGAUGGACAUGCUCAUUAUAGAAUCAUAGUUUAGCAGGGUAAGGGUUGAAAUGUGGAUCCUACAAAAGAAAUCCUUAUUUCAUGAAAAACUAAGGUACUGAUUAGAUUGAUAAAAAAGUAAUAAAGAUGAGUUACUCCUCUGCGUUUAAUGUUUUUGUUUGACUUUUCUUGUUUAUUGUUCUGUUUAAAUAUAUAUAUAAAGUCUCCUGUUAACAGAA